CUGACCUCCUUGUCUUAGUGGACUUUGAGCUGUAGGUCUGACCACCCCCCUCGCAGAGUCUGAUCGCACUUUCUCAGAGCAGCUGCUGCACAUACCCGCCUGCCGGCACCUUCUGGCUCGUACCUCUUCGGAUAGCGGGGGUGCUGCACAUCCUCAUUGCUGGGAUACUGAGGUUCAGAAUUAGUGUUCCGAUGGGCCCUGUCCCCCCAACCUUCCCGGGUAAUGGUUCCGACCGGCUGUGGCUGUGCCGGUGGCUGGAAGCGAAUGCAGCGAGUCUGCGGGAUCUGCACGUCCUGAAGCGGGAGGCAGAGGAGCGGGUCAUAUGGGCCCUGAGCGGUACCGAUGUGGAUAACGGAUUUCAGUGGGAAAAAAACAAGAUCAGGAGUUCUACCCACAAGCAAAACCCUGACUGGACUGGAGGCAAAUGUGAGCUGCUGGGAGAUGCGGGUCUGGUUGCGAAUGAGCAGGGACACGUGAUCCAGCGAGAGAUAGAACAGAACCUGAGCCGACUAGGAGCGCUUGAACUGGGACCCGACCAUGGAGACGGGGAGCGCUUCGCGUGUGGCAACAGGGAGAAUGUGCCCAAAAGGACGUUGAGAGCUUCAGAGUUCCCUACUGAUGGAACAGCCCAAGCCCAGGACAUUCACCUGCCGAGAUCUAGGAAAGCAGAAGCAAACGUGACCCAGGAGCUCGUCAGGAGAGGGACAGCUGAACUAAUCCCUGAGACGGGGGAAGAGGUUCAGUUAAAGAAUCCAGAUUGGAUGUGGGACAAGGAGAAUUCUGCAGUGCUGCCACCAGACACUUCUGGACUACACAGAAUUGGAUCUGGAUCGUGGGUCCCACGUCUACGACUUGGUAGCUCUGGGGUAACCAGCGACCUCCUCUUUUUUAGGAGGCUGAGUGGGAAUUCCCUGUCGACACCUAGCUCAGGGUUUUGCGAGGCCAGUGAUAUCGAUUCCAUCUCCUCAUCUUCCUCGUCCUUGUACAGUGAGGCAUCUUGUCCCACUCCCCUUUCCAUGAUGUCACCACACAGAAGCUCGUCACUAAGGCCCAGGUCCACUGAUUGCAGUGGAGAGUGCAGAAAAGAUAUUCCGCAUGCAAAGGGAGGGGCCAAAAGACCGAUGUCUGCAGGUGCCCUUGAGUCUUCUUAUUUUACAAGCCUGUCUUGUCAUUUUGACAUUACACAGCGAGAGAAUGUGAUUCCACCUCAAAAUGCCAUCAUUUCUCCUACACUUUGUGUGGUCCAGAAGAGACGUAGAACUGAACGCUACAUCUAUAAGCUGGCGCUCAAGUACCGGUGCAGACCUGGGGCGGCCCCUCUACCUCCUGACUUGGGUCCAGCAGUGCAAAGGGGUUUAGCCUCCAUCUCUCUCAUGUCUGUGUGUCCACCUAGUGUACCUGCAUCCCCUCAGUGCAAUGCUCUCUCAUGCAGUGUAGGAGAUGUAAGAAAAACCCCAAAGAAUCAUGGGUCUUGGGGGAAGUUUCUGAGCCGGGUAAUGCUGCGCAGGGAUCCAAGGACCGCUGCUUCAGAGAUGAAUCUUGAAUUGUGUGGGAGAGGGAAUGGCACCCCAUUAGUGGAGAACCACCUCCAGAGGGCCAAAUCUGUUCGGGACUUGUUCUCCGUCAGCCCAUUCAAAAGAAGUCAAAAAGGGUUGAAUAAGCUUCAUUAACUGCUGUUUUAAAAUGGAAACAUAUGUAUAUAGGACGUUAGUAAUGUGUGGGUUGGGGAAAAUAAAUGGGCCUGCACCUACCUGACCUGGUAUAGCUGCUCUCUUUAUAGACCAGCACCCCACCUGCCACCUUUUUGUGAUGUCCUGAAAUGGGGCGGACAGUUGUAUGCCUUUAAAUAGAGACUGCCGGAGGCCCAUGACCUGACAAUCUUGUGUGGAAGUAGCCCAAACCCAUGCGUAUCGGCCCUACCUGCACAUCACUAGGGAGUGCCAAACCACACACCCACCCCCCUGCAAAGUUUGCAUCAGGUCUAGUAACCAAGAGCAACUAAUCAGCUAGUAGUAACCAAACAAUCAUCUGGUUGCUGAACCUGGUGCAGGAAAACCUGUGAAAAACAGAAUCCUUCCAAAACAAAAAUAUUUCACGAGGUUCGAGCAAGGUGAGGAUUAUUACUAUUUUUAGAUGUUAGUGAAGACCAGGGUUGCUGUCCUUAGGGUGAUAUCUUGCCUGGGAAUUUAUUAGAACCUGUCCUCUUCUGCUGCCAGCAACAGUUAUUGAUAUUUUAUAUGUUAUUUUCCUGUGUACUGUAUAUAGUAAGGUGUACAUACAAAGGGCAUAAUGAUGCUAUGUUAUAUUGUCUAAUUAAACAUAACCAGAAUUAAUCUGGAGGAAAAUAA